AGGAUGAUCAGAGCCGCUUCCCCGAGGAUCUGACUUCAGACCGAGAACAGAGCAGCUUCUCUCUGGAGGAACCUCACGAUCGAGCGUCGCUGAUCUGCUGGUUUAGAAGAAGCAAAGCGAGACCGGUUUACUUUUAGUUUCUGUCUCGUCACGGUCCACUGCUGCUGCGGCUGCUUCUACACUUUUGUUUCUGGACAUUGCAACAGGUCAGCAGAGAGUCGCUGUCCUGCUACACUUGAGAGAUGUUGGACGGAAUCAAAAUUGAAGAUCAGUUCAGAACUGGAGCAGAGCCUUUAGGAGUGAUGCUGGGUUCAGACUGCGUCCAUCAGAGUGUGUGUGAGGGAUGUCACAGACCGAUCUCUGAUCGCUUUCUCCUGCGCGUGAACGACAGCUCGUGGCACGAGGAGUGUCUGCAGUGCUCGGUGUGUCAGCAGCUUCUCACCAUGAGCUGCUACUCCAGAGAUCACAAACUCUACUGCAAACACGACUACCAACAGUUGUUUGCAGCCAAAUGCAACGGCUGUCUGGAGAAGAUCGCUCCCACUGAGUUUGUGAUGCGCGCACUAGAAAGUGUGUACCAUCUAGGCUGCUUCUGCUGCUGUGUGUGCGAGCGACAGCUGUGUAAAGGAGACGAGUUCGUCCUGAAGGAGGGACAGCUGCUGUGCAAGAACGACUACGAGAGAGAGAAAGACCUACUGCACUCGGUCAGCCCGGACAUGUCUGACUCCGAUAAAAGUGAGGAUGAAGAUCUGGAUGUGAAGCCGGAGAAAGGAGCGGGAGGUCAGGGCAAAGGCGGUGAUGACAGCAAAGACCCACGCAGACCCAAGAGACCUCGCACCAUCCUCACCACCCAGCAGCGGCGCGCUUUCAAGGCCUCCUUCGAGGUGUCGUCCAAACCCUGCAGAAAGGUCAGAGAGACCCUGGCAGCUGAGACCGGGCUGAGUGUUAGAGUCGUCCAGGUGUGGUUUCAGAACCAAAGAGCAAAGAUGAAGAAAUUAGCACGCCGACAACAGCAGCAACAAGACCAGCAAAACACUCAGAGACUGGGACAAGGUACUAAACACACACACACAAUCACACACACACACACACUCACGCACACACACACACACACACACACACACACACACACACACUCAUCUGAUGGUGUGUUCUCUGCAGAUGUGAUCUCAAGCCGAAUGGAGAAUCUGAUGAACUCUUACACGCCGCUGGCUCCGCCUCCACAGCAUCAGUUAGUCUCCAUGGAGACCAGCGGAUACAGCACAGACCCGUUCCAGCAGGGCCUGACCCCUCCACAGAUGCCCGGAGAUCACAUGAAUCCAUACGGAAACGACUCGAUUUUCCACGACAUUGACAGUGACACGUCUCUGACCAGUCUGAGCGACUGCUUCCUGGCCGCGUCCGAGGUGGGAUCGCUCCAGACCCGCGUGGGGAACCCCAUCGACCGCCUCUACUCCAUGCAGAGCUCCUACUUCGCCUCCUGAAACCAAACCCUGAGACUAAACACUGCAAACACUACCUAACAGCCAGUCAAACCUCCAGUAAAAGGCCAACCAGAAUCCCGAGGCUGUAAGGACAAGAAAACCAAACCAAACCAAACGACUCGUGCUACAGAUGAAAGCAGACCUCGGCUUUGCUGAGGAGGUCUCGAGUCUAACCAGCUUCAGAGAUGUGCUGGCCAGGCCAAUGUGAAGAUGAGAUGAGAAGAAGGAAAACAAAUCCUAACCAAAUAUUUCUAGAGGAGCUACAGGACAAAACACGUUUAGAUCGUAAAUAGACAAAUGCAAUACAUGCAAAAAAGUUGAAAACACUGCAUACAGUACAACAAUGCUGUCGCUGAAUAUGGAUUUCAAGAGAAACUCAAGCCGAAACAGCUGUGUGUUGAUAAAGACGACUAGCUAUUUAUUACGUACAUGUGCCAAGUAAACCUGCAAAGCUUUAUUUAAGACAAAUUGUGUUAGAGUAAGUGCCAUAAACAUCUUGAUGUAAGUCUCUGGAAGAGAGUGUAGUAUUACUGUUGAUGUUUAAAGAUGUAUAUGUUUAUCUCGCUGUGCUAUUUAUUUGUCCUUUGCAUUCUCGGUCACUGUAGAGGAUGCAUUUCUGCUCAAACGUGCUAAAUUUACCAAAGUUUGUUGGUACUAAAAAUAAAUAAAAAAAUCUAAAAUCUUA